AUAAGCUCGUCCUUUUUGGCACUUUUGCAGUAACAGGUCCUCAUGACGGAAUCUUUACCUGCUAAUGUCACUGCUCUUCAAGAACUGGUGCGGUCACAACAGCUCGAGAUUGAACGCCUUAAGAAGCGCACAGGCGCUCUUUCAAAUACCCAAGUAUUGAAUGACAUGGAACAAAGUGAAACAGCAUUGACAGAGUCGCUCAAGGGGCAGCUAGAUAAGAUUCGACAGGAAAAGAGUAGACUGGAGACAGAAUUGGAUGAUCGCGCCAAGAUGUUUGAAGCAUCAUUGCAUAAACUUCAAGCGAGAGCAAGUUCUGUAAAUCUCGCAGUCGAUAGCGCUAGUAGUAUAGCACCCUCCGAGCAGGUGAUUGAAAGCAACGAUAUAGAAUUACUACGGCGACAACUUACAAAGGCUUCGGAAACGAUCAAAAGCCAACAAGCUGUUAUCAAAAAGUUAAACUUUGAGUUGGAGAUGGAACAAGGCCAUGUCAACAUUCUGCGACAUGAUAAUCAAAUGCUUCGCCAAAUGACCGUGGAUAUGACUGCCCUUGCUGAGCAAGAGGAGGAAUAUAUUAGCAACAAAUUGUUGAAGCGAAUCUCCGGUUUGAAAAAGGAAAAGGGGGAGCUGCUCAUCCAGGUUGAACAGGAGGAGGAGUAUUUAACCAAUACAUUGCAAAAAAAGCUUAGCCAGCUUCAAAAGGAAAAGAUUGAUAUGGAGAAUGCAUUGGAACAGGAGCAAGAGUAUAUCGUGAAUAAGCUGCAAAAGCAGCUUGAUACAUUGAAGCUACAAGGUCCUGGCGUACGAAGUCCUUCCUUGGCUUCAGACCAUAGUGUUGACGCAAGUGGUAUUCCAACCUCACCAUCAUUGACGGCUAAAUGGAAGCCAACCCACUCGCCAACCAUAUCUGCCGACUAUGGUUUGCAUAAUGCUGGCUUGACCGACGUUCUGCGAGCUGAAAUAGCAAGUCUGCGCAGCAAAAUGGUUGAGAUGGAAAGGGAAUACUCUAUCAAAUUCAACCAAUACGCCAGAGCAAAGUCUGAGCUCAUUGAGCUGAGAUCUCAUGCAGGCAUGUCUGCUGAUGAUCUUAGCAUAGAGGACGUGUAUCCACCGGUUUUCAAAAGUGUGCCGGGAUCUCCAAAUCGAACGGCAAGACGAUCAACAUCCAUCUCGUCUCAGCGAUCUAUGACAUCGGAAGGUGGUAGUCAUAAACCUGUUCCACCUCUGCAUUUAGAUGGAAGCAGCAGUAGUAAUAGCGGCGCUGUGCCAUCGUCGCCUAACGUUGGUACAUUCCAACAUGAUGAAGCAUCAAUCAAUUCUCGGUCUCGUUCUGGAUCUUCGUCUAGUUCUAACACAUUUAGGAAGGAGGUUCCUUCCAGGAGGAUUUCAGGUGGGCCGUUUGGUCUGAAUGCCCUUCCACCGCAACAUCCUCCUCGGCCUUGAAGCCUUUUUAUUUUUCAACCUCCUCCCGCUCCUUUUAACUGAAGCCAGUUCUCGUUAUAUCACAUUUUUCUUUCAUAGCUCUUUUUCAUGGGUUUAGUUUUUGUCUUGUACGUCUUGAUUGAACAAACUGUUUCGUUGUGUGUAUGCUUUUUUUUUUUUCCAAUGUCUAAAAACUGUCUCAAACUAAAAAAAAAAACUUGGGCUAGGGG